UGGCACUGGAGCUAAAAAGUGGAUUUUAUUGCACAUUCAGUUGCUGUUAUGAUUGCCUGAAUGCAUCUCUUGGUUUGAUGGGAAAGAAGCAGAAAUGCCUUAUUUGCAGUACUUACCUGAAUCUGAAAUUGAAUUAUUUUCUACUUCUGAUGCUGGUGUUUACCUUGGCACCUUUCUGGUCAGGCAGAGGAAAGUCAAGUCACUGAGUAUAAGAUGCCAUCUGCUCUGGUUUCCCCACUUAGAAGGAUAGUGAGAGAAUAAAAUUUCAAGUUAAACGGGACCUACGCUAAGGAAAGUGCUGCAUCCUUUCUACUGAUCAGUAAAGAUGUUGAGAAAUACUGGGUGUGUCUUCGAUCUGUUUCCCAAGAGCUCAGCCUAGUCAUCUGCACAUGGGUGGGGAGGCAGGAGGUUCCAGCUGCAGCCCAAACUAACUCUCUUUAAGAUGAGGGUGAUUGGAGGCUGGUGUUUGCUUUUCUUUUGGAUGCGAAGACCAUAAACACUACUUUAAGUGUUUUUUACAUUUAUUAAUAAUAUUGCCAGUGCUUUACAUUGCUUUUUCCCCCCUUUUCCCCGUUUGUCUCCUCCAGUUCAGUAAUGGUAGGCUCCAUGUGUUGCAGGUCACAUGGUUCCAUGACACAUGUGUGUGUGUGUAUAGGUGAGAUGCCUGGGGACUCUGCUCAGACUGUGCUGAACUUCCCUCUUCAGAGCCACUCAUCAUUUGAGAGAAGUCACCUGCCACCAUGAUGGCUGGGGGCUUAUCUGACACCAAGUCAGCUACUCCAGAAGUUCAGCAGCUUGUUAACCAGGUGAAGCCACAGUUUGAAAGCCGGGCAGGCAUGAACUGUGAUGUCUUUAGAGCCACAGCAUAUAAGACUCAAGUGGUUGCUGGGACAAUCUACUUUAUUAAGGUCCAAGUUUCCGAUGCCGAAUAUGUCCACUUAAAGGUGUUUCAGAGUCUUCCUUAUGAGAACCUAGGUCCCAGCCUUGUCAGUUUUCAGACCGGCAAAACCAGAGAUGACCCUCUGACCUACUUCUAAGACUUGAUGUGCUGCAGUGCCUCACCUCUGCAAAUCCUAUGGGGAUUCUGCCUGUGACAGUAAAUAAAAUAA